GAAGAAAAACUCUACUGCAACAAUAACAAGUCGUUAAAUUUGUGUUUUCAAAAAUUUUGUGGAACAAAAUUUGCAGCAAAAACGGACAGGAGAAAAAAUUGACAGCAAAAUCAUGGCACCGUGUUUUUAUGAGACAUGCCUGCAGUUUAUAGCAAAUAAAAUAACCAUACGUGAUGAGGAUAGAGAGGUGUACUUGAAAGAUUUCGACAUUAUACGAGAUUAUAUCUUGAAUGGCAUGUGUGAAGUGGACAAUGUUUUUAAAACGCUCUAUAAAGGACCAAGCUUAUUUGGUAGCUACUCAAAUAAUGUGCGUAUCAAGUAUCCCAGCGAAUUCGAUGUAAUAUUCAAACUGAGUAUACCUUAUUCAUCAUAUAUUAAUGUGGAGGAGGAUGAAGAUCGUCCCGGUUUUGUCAACUUAGAUUUUGAAGAGCUUAUGGACGAGCUCUACAAUUGUAACGGUUAUAAUGAUGUAUAUAAUCGCAUGUUUGACCUUGUUGAUCGGAAUAACCAAUACCUAAAUCGUUCGAAGCUGCAAACCUGGCUUAAAGGUGUUAUGGAAGAUUGUUUGGAUGAAAAUGGAUAUCGUGUGCGCGGCAAUUGGGGUGAUAUAUAUACAUUGAUAUAUACAAAACGUGGACUAGCACAUACAAUAUAUGCUAAAUGUGCUAGACGCACAAUUUCGAUUGAUUUUGUGCCGGGUAUCUGCUUCGGCACUGCUGACUGGAUUGACGUCAGAUAUGGUCAAAAAUUCAGGUAUAAAUGUGAACAAUGGUACGCCGUUCCGAAGCCAACACCUGGCCCAUAUGAGACGCGUUGUUAUGCCUUUAUGAUAUGUAAUCCCAAAGUGGAGCACGAUCUUUUAUUGGGAAAUCAGAAUUUGAAAGUAGUCUUUCGUCUCUUAAAAUCGUUACGUAAUGCAUACGGCAUGCGUUGUUUAAAGAGUUACUUUAUAACGACCACUUUUCUAUGGGAAAUCGAAAUACAGAGUAGGAAUUUCUGGAACAACCCAUUACAUAUUAUACUUGAACAUAUGCUUGAAACUUUGGCCAGUGACUUUGAAGAUGAAUGGUUGCCAUUCUUUUGGAACAAAGAACUUAAUCUCUUGGAUAACUUAAACCAAGAUGAUAUAGAAAAUUGUGCCUAUAAACUACGAAAAGCCUAUAAUACGUUAAGACAAUAUAAAUUCGAACCUAAUCUUACCUACAAGCGCUGUCUAACUCAUUUCGAGGUUCCAUAAUUUAUGGUUUUGCCAAGUUGGAGUCUAUCUAAGAUGACAAAGAUAUCCUUAAUUCUGAUACUAAAUAACUUAGCAUAUACAUACAUACAUAUAUGAAUAUUCGUAUGCAUUUAUCUACAUAAAUAUGUUUAUAUCAUAUGUUUGAAAACUUGAAUUAUUCUUUGAAAUAAAAUAAAUAUU